UUGGUUGAAAACCAGGAGAAAAGAAUUGGAUGGGAGAUCGCUAAUAUUGAACAGGAUACUGGUUUUAAGUUGAGAGUUCUAGCUCAGAAUUAUCCGGACACACCAGGACUGGCAAUUAAAGAUUUCUGGCAAGUGGAUGAUAGGACAAUUGUUUUUGUUGCUGACUGUACCUUUGGAGACAUAUCGAAUUUCAAUGUUGGAGCUUUAGUUGAUCUAGAUAUUCCACAUAGCUUCUGGAGUUGUUUGGCCAGGAAAUAUGGAAACAUGUUCUAUUGGAAAGAGAAGGCGAACUUCUCUUGUUGCUGGGGGGAAGAUGCAUCUAUUGAAGCUGCAGUUGUGGCAAUAUUUAAUUACUUGAAGAACCUGCAGGCUCAAGUAGUUGCUCUGAGGUAAAAUAACAUGAUCAUGUGCUAAUAUAAGGAUUAUUCUGUUUGAUGAUAUGCUGUGAUGACUUAUAACAUACCAUGUAAUCUUCCAACAGCUACACGAAACAUUGCAUUUCAUUGUAUGUUAUGAUGACUUUUGUGGAGUAUCAGAUCUUUAUUUGUUGUUUGAGCUUGAUUGUAA